AUGUCCGCUCAGUCCGCAAGCAAGAAGCUCAUCGUCAUCGACCCCGAGAAGGUCGCCAACAACGCCAAGGUAAACGGCGUCGUCUUCCAGUUCCUCGCCAUCGUCGCGGGCAUCGUCUGCGGCUGCCUCGGGCUCACCGAUCUCAAAGGCUUCGCCGCGUUCGUCGCGGCCAACGUUGCCAUCGGAGGCGCGGUCGUCGCCAAGUGCGGGUUCAAGCCCUCGAAGUACUUCGUCGGCAUCGACAAGGUGAUCGUCGACGGAGCGUCCCUCGGCUUCGGAACCUUCGUGCUCUUCUGGACCCUCUUCUACAACAUCUGCCACCUCUUUUGA